GGGGGCGGGCGCACAAUCCUAGCCCGCGGCGGAGGCGCGGGCGAGCUUAGGCCGUGUGCUCGGCGGCCCAGGUGGCCGCACCAUGGAGUCGGGUACCGAGGAGUAUGAGCUCAACGGCGACCUGCGCCCGGGCUCCCCCGGUUCCCCCGACGCCUCGCCAGCCCGCUGGGGUUGGAGGAACCGGCCCAUCAAUGUAAACCAUUACGCCAACAAGAAGAGUGCAGCGGAGAGUAUGCUAGACAUCGCACUGCUCAUGGCCAACGCGUCACAGCUGAAGGCCGUGGUGGAACAGGGCCACGACUUUGCCUUCUUCGUGCCUCUUGUGGUCCUCAUCUCCAUCUCUCUCGUGCUGCAGAUUGGAGUGGGUGUGCUGCUCAUCUUCUUGGUCAAGUACGACCUUAACAACCCAGCCAAGCAUGCCAAGCUGGACUUCCUUAACAACCUGGCCACAGGACUGGUAUUCAUCAUCGUGGUGGUCAACAUCUUCAUCACGGCCUUUGGGGUCCAGAAACCUAUAAUGGACGUGGCACCCCGGCAGUAGGACACCCAGAGUCCUUAAAGUUAUCUGACUCACAGCUCAGCUGUCCAGACCCUGCAACUGCCAUGCCCUCCAGGCAUCUCUCUCCUUGUGUGCAGCACUCCCCUAAACCACCAAAGCCCAAGCUGGCCACUGAUGGACCAUGGUCAGGGAUGGACUUCCAUCCAGCUGUGACCAAGGCAUGUGGGAACUGGAUGCAAGGUCAUGAAGAUUAGAACUGGACAGCCCCACAGAAACCCAUGCCCAGAGGAUGGUCACUGCCCGCCCAAGGACAUGCAGCAAGUCCAUGAUUGGGCUCUACGGGGGCCAGCACUGGCCUCUGUCUCAGGACAUUCCAGAAGGACCAGAAUAUGCUGCUCCCUAUGCUAAUGCAUCAGUGUCCCUGUUUCCCAUGGAGCCUGCACAGGUCACCCUGGAGAUUGCUGCCUCUGCUGUUUCUUAACCCAGGGGCCUUGGACAACCAUCAGUACCUGUCAGCUCCAGUAGUGGCCACUGGCUCCAGCCUCAGUGCCUGGGCUUGGCAGCCAUGAAGAGGCAGCCAUGCCCAUGGAGGCUACAGGUCACGCUGGACCUUCUACAAGCAGUGACCUGGGACAAGCCCUAGCCCCCUACUCAGGGGUUUAGGGCCCACUUUUCUAAUCAGGAAUGACAAUAAAGCUUAUGUGCUUCUC